AAGUUGAGGCAGAAACAGAGGGAGGGCUGACACAGAGAAACACAUUUUCCCUUUGCGUCUGACUUUUUCCUUAUUCAGUCCUGCUCCGACCAACGGUACAGAGAAGGAAGGGGGAGCAGAGAGAAGGCGGGGUUUCUGAUGGAGCGCAGAGAAUUGACGGUUGAACACUGAAUCUGUGGAAAUAUGAUGGAAGCCAGCGUUAUUUCCCAGGACACUGGCCCUCUGACAGAAGCACUCGAUACUCCAUCCAUCCCAUCAUCCCCUGCACUCCCUCAACCUUCCCUGACGCCCAAACUUCCAGCCAACCCAGGUCGACCUAAACCACAGAUCCCCUCUCGACCUCCACUACCUCCCUCCACUCCUCCGUCCCUCCCUCCUCCUCUUCCACCAGUUUCUAAACCUCCUCUCACCUCCAGCCACUCUGUCCCAUGUCUUCCUCCUCCUCUUUCCCCAACUCCAGUAUCUCCUCCCCGGCUGUCUAUGCAGCUAGUUGUCUCCUCCGAUUUAACUCCAUCCUCUAAUCCGAGUCCACUCCAUCCUCAGCUUUUAACUCCCACUGUCUCACCCUGCAUCUCACCACUACCACCACCUACCCCCCCUGUCAUCCCAUCAGUCUCUUCAACUCCUCCACUGCUGAGUCCUAUAGAUCGCCUGGUUGGGAGCACCACAGCAUGGCAGCUUAAAGGAAUCAGCCAAGACCAGAUUACCAGUGUCCUGGAGAAGGAGACAGCUGGGGCCUUCCUGGUUCACAGCACAGAAGAGGAGGUCAUGACGCUGUCAUUACGCCUGCCCGAUGAACAGGGGCCACAGCUCAUACACAGUCUGAUGAUCAAACAACACAACACAUUUGUCCACCUGGAUGCUUCCUCUCUGGUUUUUGAUGACAUCCUUAAACUUAUUUCGUUUUACUGUGCCAGCAGGGACAUCCUAACCGUCCAGCUGAGGUUACCCAGGGCCAUUACCACGGCAACUACGAAAGAGGAGCUGGAGGUCAUCUCUGCUAUGGGUGCAGAUUUCUGGACGUCUGAUUUGAAUCAGAAGGACCAGGACGUGGUUUUGGAUCAAAACAGUUGGUAUUUGUAUGUCAACCCGGUCACUAUAGAAGAGAGCCCAAACAAAGGCCUGACGUCCCCCUCUUUCUCUAAACUGGAUACAAUCACAGAUCAAAACACCACCUCCUGCUCCCUGCAGAAUGGAGAAGCAGCACUGAAGGAAAACCCAGAGGACAAAAUUCAGAAUAAGACCAUAAUAAAGCCGGAGAUUAAAUACAAACGCCCCCCACCCCGACCACCGAGCCUAAGCUUUGGGUCUGGGAUGGGCCUCCUCUUCUCCUCUCCUCCUCCUCACAGUUCUUCUUCUGUACCUCUAGCUGCCGUGAGAAAAGAGGAAGGAAGGGCAGGAGGAGGGAACAGAGAAGAGAGGAAGUCAAUGUCACCAUCACCUACUCCAUCGAGGCCUCCUGUUCCCCUGCAGAGCCGAGCCGCUCCCCCUCUUCCUCCUGCUCCUGUCCGUCGUACCUCGGCCAGGAAGAGCACUGAGCAAGAGGUAGGAGAAGGGACGGAGCGAGAAAGGGGACAAAAUCCUGCAGGGAAAACAGAGAAAGGGGGGGGGGGAGGAGACAGGGAAGAGGAGAAAUUAGGAAGUAAACCAGGUCUGCCGAGUGAGGACGCACAACAAGAGAACAGUGGCAAAAUGCAAGAGGAGGUUAAACAGGACAAAGAAAAGAAAGAGAAGGAGGACGACAAAGAGGAAAAAGAGCUGAAAAUUAAUAAAGAAGGGGACAAGCAAAAAUAUGGUUCCCAGUGUCCGUCAUUAGUGAAGAAACCGUCUCGUCCAGUCCCUCCACCGAGGAGAAAACCAUGUUCACCUGACGCACCUGUGUGCCUUAGCCAGGCUGCAGGAGGAGGAUCAGCAAAUCAGAGUGCUGGGAUGAAAGUGGCCCCUCCAUCACCAGCGAGGAGGCCCGAUGUUUCACUUUACUCACCACAAGGAAGUGCUGUGAUGGCAACCGACCCAGACUCCUGCUCGACCAGUAGUGCAGAAGAAGAUGGAGAGCUGAACCAGGAACAUGAAGAAAAUCAUAGUCGUCCAGCAGAGAGCCGCAGUCCCAAAGCAGUAGUGAAGAGAACCCCGACCACCAUCAUGUUGGACAAAGCCCGCUAUCGCCUGUCCACCGUCAUCACCGGCCUCAUCAGCCACGAACGACGCCUCACACAGCGCAUCGUAGAACUGGCCAGGGAUCCUCUGAGCUACUUUGGUAACCUGGUAAAAGAGCACCGCUCUUUCACUUUGGAGACCAUGUCAAACCACUCCUCCACCACUGAGCUGCUACAGGAGAUCAGACAGAUGAUGACACAGCUGAAGAGUUAUCUUCUGCAGAGCACUGAGCUGCAAGCCAUGUUGGAGCCACAGCAUCAGUAUGCACAAGACAAACUAGAGAGUAUAGUAGAAGCUGCACUGUGUAAGAGUGUGUUGAAGCCAAUAAGGGAGCCAAUUUACCAGUGUCUGGAGAAACUGCACACGAGUGACACCAGCCUGAAGCAACUGACACAGAACCAGUCUGUUGUCCUAGGAAGCACCACCACAGCACUAGGAAUAACCACCGCUGUUCCAGAGGCCUCUGCCAUGGAGAAGAUCAGCAUCAAACUGAACAAACUUCAUUUGGAAUAUUCUCCUCAAAGAAAGAUUGACCUUCUGCUGAAGACCUGCAAGAUCAUCUAUGACUGCAUGUCUGUCAGCAGUCCAGGGCGGUCCCACGGUGCUGAUGACUUCCUGCCUGUUAUGAUGUACGUUCUGGCCAGAGCCAAUCUGUCCGCACUGCAGCUGGAUGUUGAAUACAUGAUGGAGUUGAUGGACCCAUCACUUACAAUAGGAGAAGGUUCCUACUAUCUCACCACCACCUAUGGGGCUCUGGAACACAUUAAGACUUUUGACCAGCAGAGGUCAGCAACACGACAGCUCAGCAGAGAGGUUCAGGAUUCCAUCCACCGCUGGGAGAGGAGACGCACACUCAUUCAGGAGAGGACAGCCCAGGGAUCUGUGCGGGACUUUCUGACAGUGUGUUGUCCUGAGAUUGGAACCAACCCAAAAACUCUGGGUGUCCUCCCCACCACAACAGUGGAACAGCUGGCUGAGCAGUGUGCAGCUCGCUUUGAACAAGACUGCUACACACUCAGUGUGUAUAUAGACGGUGUGAAGAAGCCGCUCGUCUCCACAGAUCUCGCCCUCAGCGUUAAGAACGGCUGUCAACCUGGAGCUUACUGCUUUGUCUAUCACCCUAUCAACCAACCCAGCAGACAGCCCAGCCGCAGUUGCCCUCCUGACCCGCCCCCUGCUUCGCCUCCUGCUUUGCGCCCUGCUCCACCCCCUGUUCCACCCCCUGCUUCGCCCCCUGUUCCGCCGCCUGUUCUGCCGCCUGUUCCGCCGCCUGCUCCGCCGCCUGCUCCGCCGCCUGCUCCGCCGCCUGCUCCGCCGCCUGCUCCACCUGCAGAAAGCAUCUUCGCAGCUGACGAAGCCUCAGUGGAGCCAGAGACAGAGGAAGAGAGUCUGAUUAGCUUGUAAAUGCUCCAGCUGUAUCACUACGGCAACCAUUGACACAGUGUAAAUUCAAAAGGCCAGACCGACUUAUUUCCCUACAUAAACAUAUAGAGUUUUCUCAAAUGGCAACUUUUUUUUUUACUUAUUUGUUAAGUUGACAGCAGAAAUUAAAUUUUGUUCAUCUCACAAUUGAUGCAACAUGUCUACAUGAAUUACUUUACGGUGAUAUUGUGAGACUGGACAAAUUCAGGACACAACAGAAUGAGUAAUGCACACUCUGCUACAGCUACAACAUUCCGUCACCCCUAAUAUAAAGUGGAUGUUUAUUAUAGUUAUGGACUUCAGGGAAAACUAGAAAAUGUGCAUUUCUGCUGGCAGAAAAUGCUGUGUGAAUGCUGCGAUCAAAGGCAGAUGAGAUUCCCUACCCUGGUUGCCAUGGUAACUUACAUGGAGAACAAAAUCAGUGGGGGGAACAUGGCAGAAAAAGCUAUGUAAAAGCACAGACACUGAUACCUGAAUGGUUCAAAUUGGCUGAGAGAUGAAGAAGUUAGCAGUUGAAUAAGGGUUAACCUAGAAAAUAAAGACUGGAAAACAACUGUGUGGAUGCCGAUUCAGCAUCUUAUAUUUUGUGAAGUGUCUGUAAAUUUCUGCAGCAGGAUAAUCAAGACUGCAUGACAUCGCACUUAAAAAAUGUAUUGUAAUAACAGAUAAAUAAGUUUGUACUCAAAAAGCACCAGUGUAUAGUAGAAAUAAUGGCGGAUCCACCCUAUGCAGUUAAACAUUGUAAUGCUCAUUUUGUGGAAACUGGAUUAUUUGUUUUUAGAUAAUAUAUAUAUUUAUAUUCAAAACUUCAGCAGCGAUAGGACAAUUAAAAAAAUGCAGGUAAGACAAGUUUACCUCUCAACUUUGAAAUCACUACUCAAAACUCACUUAUUUGCAACUGCUUUUCAUGUGUGAAUAAUGCUGUUUUUAUAUAUGGUGUCUUUUUUUUAUUAUUUUGUAAUGUGUUAUUUUAAUGUGUAAAGUGUGAUAUCCUGAAAAGCACUCUACAAUUAAAAUGUAUUUUUUAACCUGA